GUUUUUUCUGUGAUCGAUGUAGCUUUGCUAUGUGGCUGGGAUCUGCCCCUGUUAAUGAUUUACUCUAAUAUCAUCAACAAUGAUCAAACUCUUGGUUGCUGAAGACACUAUUUUGGCAAGUAAUGAUGGUGAGGAGGAAGAGUAGGAGGGAACUCUGAAAGACCUAGCCGUAGCCGACACAGCAAGAAAAAAUGGGAAAGAAACAGUCUGAUACCAAGCAAGCAGCUAUCGUCUUUGGAGCCUUAGCGCUGGGUUGGCUCGCCAUUGAGAUGGCUUUCAAGCCCUUCCUCGAUAGGGUCCGCUCCGCCAUGGACAACUCUGAUCCGGCUCGGGAUACCGACGACCUUGCAGAUAACCAAUCUGAUCAGAGGCCAUCUGAUGACGAUCAAAGUACCACCGCUUAAAGUGGCAGUUCGAAGGUCCGACAGAGUGGGAUGAUGAAAUAGUUUGUUGCCCGUCAUGUUGUACUUGUAAAAGGUGGAAUUUUAGAUAUUUUCACUCCGUAUCAUAUAAUAAGGUCAGUACUAGACCUUUUUUUAAUUGAGUUGAAGUGAUUCAGUUUUUAGUUUUAUAAUUAGUGCCUCUAAAACCUCGUCUCCGGGCGGUUUCUGAAUCUGCUUGUUUUUCUAAUCAACGAGGGUGUGUGUGCGGGUUUCCUAUUCGAGGAAUGGUUUAAAACAAAUAAAGUGUUCAUAGGAAAGCACCAACCAUCGUCCUGAUAUCUUCCUUUAAAAUUGACAAAGAAAAACCAAUCUCGGGUCCCGACCAACCCAAAUAAGAUCAAAGAGACGAGGAAGUGAAACAAGUUCAAUUCAAAGAAGAGAUAAUCGACAUCAACAGACUCAGACUCAAGUGAGGGGGCUAAUUGCAAAUCAGGAAAGAGACUCGUCUAAUCAUCAAAUGGGUAUUGCUCGUACCUAAUUGAACAGUCAUUGAGCACCGCACGAGCACCAAUCCUCAUUUGACACGACCCCAACAUGUUGGUCUUAGCAGCGCCAAGACAAGUGGUGCAGUCUGAGGUUGUAAGGCUUUGGUUGCAGGAAGCAUGGCCGUAAGCGAAGGAAUUAGGAUAAGGAGAUAUGUUGUAGAAAUCAUAAUUGUUUGUAGUGGGAGUCGAACUCUCCAAUUCUUUUAGAACGUAAUCCAGACUCACGGCAAAAGGAUCGCCCCUCGUGAAAAUUCCUGAGUUGCACAAAACUGACUUGACUCCCGUGUUUGGAACGCUCACCACCAUAGCGAAGAAGCCAAACAAAGCCAGAAAAGCGGCUGAAAUCUUCAGGCUACAACCAACCAUCUCUUCUGCUUCGUCCUCUUCGUCUUCUGACUUGAUUUUUGAUCUUCUUUAGGUAUAACCAGACAUUUGACGUUGAAGCAAAACAGGGUCCCUAUCUAUUUUCUUGGUUUCGUCCAAUCCUAUGAGUUCUUGUUUAGAAAAACAUAAAUUGUUUGAUGCGUUUGUUUUUUCUCUGGUUUCGACUCAGUCCUUUCCCAUUUGUCACUUCCUUAAAGUAAACAAUGCAGACUGCAAAGCCGAUGGCAAUCCCAUAAUCUUAUCUGCUCUCAUUACCAGACACCACUAUCAAAUUAAACCUCAAUAUUGUUUUGUUGUGUUGUGUUGUAUUGAAUGAAAAAGCACCAUCUUUCCCUGUAAAAUGUGAAAUGAAAAUGGUAUUUAUUAUAAAAGCUGAGAGGGGAAAGGAGGCGUAAAUGAAUAAGACAAGGGUAGGAGAGUGAGAGAGCUAUUUUGUUAUUAUUAUUGUUAUUAUUAUUUUGUUUGGUAGAAGCUAACAGUCGGUCAAAACUGAGGUGCCCAUAUUCACUCAAAACUCCAAACUAACCAACAAACUUUCAAUCCUCAUUUCGAAACCAAAACCAUCUCUUCUUCCUUCUUCCUUCUUCCACUUCCACUUCCAUCACUUCACAAUGAAAAGAAGCGAUCAUAAUAAUGACUGUCUAUGUUGAUCAAAAUGGAAGGGUUGUUGCAGUUGGCGGUGCAAUCCGUGGAGUGGACUUACUCUCUCUACUGGCGAUUCUCCACUCAACACCGGGUGUUGGUUUGGGGAGAUGGGUUCUACAACGGACCCAUCAAGACCACCAAGACGUUGCACCCCGCAGCUGCCACCGACUUCACCGGCCACCACCAGCAGCAGCAGCAACAACAACUACAACUACAACUACAAGCAGCCUCUCUGUCUCUUCAAAGAACCCAUCAGCUCAGGGAUCUUUACAACUCCUUAUCCGCCGCCGACAGUAGCACUCACACCCACCCCCUCCGCCGCCCCUCUGCCGCCCUCUCUCCCGAGGACUUGACGGAGUCCGAGUGGUUCUAUUUGUUGUGUCUCUCUUUCUCUUUUCCUCCGGGACUCGGAUUGCCUGGGAAGGCAUUUGCGAAGAACAAACAUGUGUGGAUUACAGGUGCUAAUGAGAUUGAUAGCAAAAUUUUCUCCAGAGCUAUUCUUGCUAAGAGUGCUGGCAUAAAGACAGUGGUUUGCAUUCCUGUAAUGGAUGGUGUGGUUGAACUAGGCACCACAGAUAAGGUUAAUGAAGACAUUGCAUUGGUCCAACACAUGAAAUCAGUAUUCGCAGCAACGCAGUGGGCAGCACCAAAACCAGCACUCUCACAGCUCUCAACAUCAAACUCUGCCACUUCAUUGGAGCAUUAUACCAACCGGAAAGAAUUAGAAGAUGAGAUGGAUUCGGACAGCUCAACCAGCAACACCAAUAGCAAUAGCAAUAGCAAUGCUGCAGGGGGCGGCGAACCAAGCGAGUUAAUAAUGCAACUUGAGCUAUCUGAAGACAUCCGACUUGGCUCACGCUCGCCUGAUGAUACUUCCAACAAUUUUCUCCCUUUGCCCCACUCACCACCGCCACACUUCCACAUUCACCCACCACCUCUAGGGAACUCUCCAGCAGCAGUGGCAGUGCUUACAGAGGAGGACACCCACUACUCCAACACGCUCUCAGCCCUCCUCCUAAACCAGUCGAGCCGGUGGCCGGACUCAUACUCCAUCACCACCGUCACUUGCUCCACCAUAUCAGCCUUCUCCAAGUGGACGCGCUGCUCAGAUCUUCGUCGUGUUUCGACGGGAACCACUAGCACAUCUCAACGCUUGCUCAAAAACAUUUUACAUACUGUACCCUUCCUUCACACCAAACAUCAUUGUGACCACAAUCCAUCUAAAUCUAAAUCUUGCGAUGGCCGAUGGCUGAACGACAAGUUCAUCAUCCUAAGAUCCAUUGUACCGUUCGCCACGAAAAUGGACAAAGCCUCCAUUUUGGGGGACACAGUGGAGUACCUGAAGCAUCUUCGUCAGAAAAUACAGGAUCUAGAAGCGCAAAACAGAGAAUUCGAGAGUAGUCGGAAGGCCAGUUUUGAAGAACUACAGAGGAUGGAUGUACAAAGCAAAAGAAAGGUAAGGAUUUUGGAGGGUGUAGGGGAUGGAUGUACAAAGCAAAAGGCGGUGGAGUCCCCAAAAACCAAUUUGCAGGUUUCAAUCAUCGGAAGUGAGGGAUUGUUGGAGGUGCAGUGCCCAUAUAAGGAAGGACUAUUGCUUGAUAUCCUGCUUAUUCUCCAAGGCCUACGGAUUGAGACCACAGCAGUAAGGUCAUCCUCGAGCAAUGGAGUCUUCAUAGCUGAGCUACGGGCCAAGGUGAAGGAGGGUAUGGAUGGGAAGAAAGCAAGCAUUUUGGAGGUGAAGAGGGCAAUACAACAAAUCAUACCCUGCAUUGAUACUUGAGCAUAAGAAGAAAGCUUCUUUGGAUUUAGGUGGCAUUUGAGGAAUGAGGAUUGAGAAUACACAAAAAUGAAAUGAUAUGAGGUAUUUGGAUUAUGAUCUACAAGGAGAAAUGCACAGCUUAAAGUGAUUGUUCUUCUUCCUGUUGCGAACGAUUUUGCAUGUAAUUAAUUAGGCUGCAUAUAGAUCGAAAUGAAAUGAUUGAUUGAUUGAUUGUUGAUGUUAGGUUGAAGUAAAUGGAUGGGCAUUGAGAAGAUGAUGUA